UGUCUGCCCGUUUUGUGAGUGCGCUGCGCGCGUGCGCACUUGUGUGGCAUUGUUUGGGAUGACCUAAUUAAAAUAGCGUCCCCCCAGUAAAAAAAAUCCCCACUACACCACUGGUUAUACUACAACUUCAGCAUUAAAAAAAAGGUGAAAAUUGAAAGAGCAGAGACAGAUACUUUAAUGUUAAGUAAAUUGUAGGGGUCAAAAUCACUGGAUCAAACAUUUCUUAUAAUGGAACUCAGUACACAUCAUUUCUUUAGAGAUUCUUUAAUGUUUCCUUAGUAGUGCUCAGACCAUUGACAAACAGAACUUUUUUUCGUGAAGCUAUCUUUUAACCUUGAGGCAACGAUUGUGUGUUUAUGUGUUUUGGUCCCUCUAUCUGUGCCCGUCUCUCACACUUUUGUUCCUGCAUCUUCCCCUUACACUCUCCAUCCUCACCUGCCCCCCAGUAAUGUGUAAUUAGAGCUGAUAAAAUCUGGUUGAUAACAUUGCUUUGGUUACACAGCCACUGUCACUCUACGGUUUACAGGCUACAUAAAGAUAUUGACUCACUUAAACACAACUUAUCGUACCUGGCUCUUGUUUACCCAGCAUGCAACAUGUUCUGGGCAGGAAAAGUCAAGGGACAGGGUGACCUUAUCUUAAUUUUGACUUUUCUUUUUCAAUAAAGAAUAGCAUAAUGAAACAGGAUUUAAAACAAUGCAUUUCUUACUUGGAGUCCCCACAGGAAGGAUUUGCCUUGCUUAUAGUAUCAACAGAUGGCUUUAAGUGUAUGUUUGGGUGGAUAUUUCUAGUAGGUAAUAUUAAUGAUUAUAUGUUAUGAAGUAUCUGCUACUGGAGCUGCAACAGUGUGCCUUUUUUAACCUCUACAAGUGUAAUGGUCCUUUAUAGGUUAUUGAUAUAUAGACAGCAUGCUAGCUGACGCAUAUCUGAUAUAAUGACCCUCAGCCUAGAACAGCUUGGUGUUGAUCUUGAAUGUCAGUGAACCCCUGUGUUCUUGAUUUUUUUUAAAACAUAAACCAUUUAGGUCUUUGUGUUUUGUGGUUUUGUUGCGAUUAAAAACAAAAGUAACACUAAUCCAAAAGUCCCCAUAAGAAAAACUCAGAAACUGACAAAGGGUACAAAUGUGGGGACAGGAGUGCUUAUUAAACAGUGACAGUCACUGUGUCACUCAAACUGCAGGAGGCAAAAGCAACAGUAGGAGACAUGCUUGCUGACACCAUUAGCUUGCCUCUGUGGUUGAUGCUACCUGUUGUAGCUCUGCUGAUGUGCAGGGAUUGUGACUGCUGGAGGCUAUUUUCUCUGUGAUGUAUUUUCCCUUUGAAUGUAGCUAUUUAGUGCGGCAGGACAUGGGCAACUGUCUGGCCUGUGCAACAGGUUUCAGGCUGUGAAUUGUGCAUCCUGUUAUAGUUUAACUUGUCUUUUUCUUUGGGUACAAUCGACCACCAGGUCUUAGCUUUAUGGCAGAAGAAAAGAUGGCUAAGUUUCCCUGCACACGCAAAGCCAGCUAUUUUCAGUUAAUGCUUACUGUGUCCAGGCAAUCAAUCAAAUGUCGACCCCCAGAAUGACUCGUUGGCCAGUAGUGUGUAGUGCAGCAUUUAGUUCUGGAUACAGUUUAAUGUCACGGAGACUGGUAGGAACGACAUUGGUCUGGUUUAACCUUCACUUUUCUUCUGCUCUUUACUCCAAUCAGUUUAUCAUGAAAAGAAACGUGCAGAAGGGAGAUAAGAGAUACCUGCGUAGCUUAUGAUACGAGUGUAUUUGUGUGUAUGUGUGUGUGACCUGCCUAGGGGUGACAUUGUUGCUACCUGAAGUACCAUAUUACGCAGGUAGUCGUAUUAAAAUGCGUGUUUAAACAUACGUGUGUGUGUGUGUGUGUGUGUGUGUGUGUGUGUGUGUGUGUGUGUGUGUGUGUGUCCACAAGUGUUGUGUGCAUGUGCUUAUAAAAAAGGGAGUUGUUUUGUAUAAAAGGCUUUUCCAGAAAAAACCUUUCCUGGUUAUGACCAUAGUGUAUGCGUGUGUGUGUGAGAGAGAGUGAGAGAAACGGGUGUGUGUUUGAGACUGGACCCUGACUGACAGUCAACAUUUCGGGGCGCAAGAAAAAGGAUCGAGUGCUCUGGACCUCCAUUGAUUUAGGAGAGCAUUCCCAUAACACACGUGCAACCAUGAGUAAAAAGGUAGACAACCCUGUAUAUGAGUGUUCACUUUUUUUUCAUUAUUUGUUGGGAUUUUGGGUAGACUUUAGUAUUACUUUUUUAUUUUAUAUAUCUCUGUUUUUAUACACUACGUAAUUCAUGUUUAAUAUAUAACAUUUGAAUUGUACAAGGUGUUUGUUUUUAUACAGGUAUACUUUCAAUCAUUUACUAUAAUAAUGAAAGGGAAUCACUCUUGCACUCCAGUCUGUCAAUUGUGUAAUUAUGUAAACACUUUGCAAAUCAUUUUCUGCCAUCAGGACACUUACGACAUGUUCGAGAUGGAUGGAGAUAUGGAGAAGAAGAAGAAGAAAAAAAAAGUGAAUAAGAAGGAGAAAAUGGAGGGCAUGAAGAAAGAAAUUGAUAUAGACGACCAUGAGAUUACAAUUGAUGAACUGGAAAUGAGGUACAACACUAGCGUUACCAAGGGUCUGACCUCCACCUUCGCCGCUCAAGUCUUUGAGAGAGAUGGUCCUAAUGAAUUGAAGCCUCCCAAAGGAACUCCAGAGUAUGUGAAGUUUGCCAGGCAGCUGGCUGGAGGGCUGCAGUGUCUAAUGUGGGUCGCAGCCUGCAUCUGCUCUAUCGCCUUUGGGAUCGAAUUUGCAAAAGGGAACGUCAACUGCUUUGACAAUCUGUACUUGGCCGUCGUCCUCAUUGCUGUCGUUGUGGUGACUGGUUGCUUUGGUUACUACCAAGAAUUCAAGAGUACUAACAUCAUUGCCAGCUUCAAGAAUCUGGUGCCACAGCAAGCCGUUGUGAUCCGUGAUGGUCAGAAAAACGUGAUCAACGCAUACCAGUUGGUGGUGGGGGAUAUGGUGGAGAUCAAAGGAGGAGACGGAAUCCCUGCUGACAUUCGCAUCAUCACUAGUCAGGCCUGCAAGGUGGACAACUCAUCCUUGACAGGAGAGUCUGAACCGCAAAGCAGGACUCCAGAGUGCACUCAUGAGAAUCCACUGGAGACCAAAAACAUUGCUUUCUUCUCUACAACCUGUAUGGAAGGUAUAGCCACAGGUAUGAUCAUUAGCACAGGUGACCGUACCAUCAUUGGUCGGAUUGCCACCUUGGCGAGCGGCGUGGGUAACGAGAAGACACCCAUUGCCAUAGAAAUUGAACAUUUUGUUGACAUCAUCGCCGGACUCGCAAUUUUUUUUGGGUUUACCUUCUUUGUGGUUGCCAUGUUCAUUGGAUACGCCUUCCUGGAAGCUAUGAUCUUCUUCAUGGCUAUCGUGGUGGCUUAUGUGCCAGAGGGGCUACUUGCUACAGUUACUGUAUGUCUGUCUCUGACUGCGAAACGACUUGCCAGGAAGAACUGCGUUGUGAAGAACUUGGAGGCUGUGGAGACAUUAGGCUCCACUUCAGUGAUCUGUUCUGAUAAGACAGGGACCCUGACUCAGAACAGGAUGACUGUAGCUCACCUUUGGUUCGACAACCACGUCCACGCCGCUGACACCACUGAAGAUCAGUCAGGUAAGAGUUUUGACCAGUCUUCAGAAACAUGGCGUUCACUGGCGAGAGUGGCCACCCUGUGUAACAGAGCCACAUUCAGACCCGAUCAGGAAGGCUUGCCUAUUCCUAAGAGGCUGGUGGUAGGAGAUGCUUCAGAGACCGCUCUGCUGAAGUUUACCGAGCUCUCUGUAGGAAACGUUAUGGACUACCGUGAUCGCUUCAAGAAGGCAGUGGAAGUGCCCUUCAACUCCACCAACAAGUUCCAGCUAUCUAUCCAUGAACUGGAUGAUCCUCUGGACCUUCGCUACCUGUUGGUGAUGAAGGGAGCACCUGAACGUAUCUUAGAGCGCUGCUCCACCAUUUUGAUUAAAGGACAGGAGCUGCCACUGGAUGAGCAGUGGAGCGAAGCCUUUCAGACCGCUUACAUGGACCUGGGAGGACUGGGAGAGCGAGUCCUGGGUUUUUGUCAUCUCUAUCUGAGUGAGAAGGAAGUUCCUCGUGGCUAUCGAUUUGACGCAGAUGAGAUGAAUUUCCCCACGUCAGGAUUGUGCUUCGCUGGUCUCAUCUCAAUGAUUGACCCGCCUCGAGCCACUGUGCCUGGUGCAGUGAUGAAAUGUCGUACCGCUGGCAUCAGGGUUGUGAUGGUGACUGGAGACCAUCCAAUCACAGCAAGGGCCAUAGCAGCUAACGUUGGUAUCAUCACAGAAGGAAGUGAAACUGUGGAAGACAUUGCCCAGAGGAAGCGCAUACCUGUGGAACAAGUCAACAAGAGGGACGCCCGUGCCUGUGUGAUCAGUGGGGGUCAGCUGAAGGACAUGAGCAGUGAGGAACUGGAUGAAGCUCUGCGAAACCAUCCUGAGAUGGUGUUUGCAAGAACAUCCCCUCAGCAAAAACUGAUUAUUGUGGAGAGUUGUCAACGACUGGGCUCUAUCGUCGCUGUGACAGGUGAUGGUGUGAACGACUCUCCGGCUCUUAAGAAGGCUGAUAUUGGUGUCGCCAUGGGGAUCGCAGGGUCCGACGCUGCCAAGAACGCCGCAGACAUGAUCCUGUUGGACGACAACUUUGCCUCCAUUGUCACUGGAGUGGAGCAGGGCCGUCUUAUCUUUGACAACCUGAAGAAGUCCAUUGCCUACACACUCACUAAGAACAUUCCUGAGCUGACCCCAUAUCUGAUCUACAUCACCUGCAGCGUGCCUCUUCCUCUCGGCUGUAUCACUAUUCUCUUCAUCGAACUCGCCACCGACAUUUACCCCUCUGUCUCUCUGGCGUAUGAGAAAGCAGAGAGCGACAUCAUGAACUUAAAGCCCAGGAACCCUCGUCGUGAUCGUCUAGUAAACGAAUCCCUGGCUGUGUACUCAUACUUCCAGAUUGGAGCCAUACAGUCUUUUGCAGGUUUUACAGAUUAUUUCGCAGCCAUGGCGCAGGAGGGCUGGUAUCCACUUGUGUGUAUCGGCCUGCGUGCGCACUGGGAGAACAUUCACUUUCAAGACAUGCAGGACAGCUACGGACAGGAAUGGACCUUCAAUCAGAGGUUGUACCAGCAGUUUACGUGCUACACUGUGUUUUUCGUGAGCAUAGAGAUCUGUCAGAUCUCUGAUGUGCUGAUCAGAAAAACUCGACGUCUCUCUGUGUUCACGCAAGGUUUCUUCAGGAACAAAGUCCUUGUCUCUGCCAUAGUCUUCCAGCUCCUUCUGGGUAAUCUGCUAUGUUACUGCCCUGGGAUGCCCAACAUCUUCAAUUUCAUGCCAAUCAGAGUCCAGUGGUGGUUUGUUCCUGUUCCAUAUGGUAUUUUAAUCUUUGUCUAUGAUGAGAUCAGGAAGUUAGGAGUCAGAAGACAUCCAGGAAGUUGGUGGGAUCAGGAAUUAUACUACUGAAACCAGAGAGGCCCUUUAAUUCAUCCUGUGAUCCAUCCAUUCACAUGCAUCAAAUAUCUAUCCAUCUAUAUUACUUUGUGGCAUAUGUAUUUUUAAAAAGUCUUUAUAUAGACAUCAAGUUAAUAUUUGUCUGCCUUAAUUCCUUUACCAAAGUAAAAAUGUAAUAACUACCGAUAAUUUGUAAAUGAAUAACUCACAUGUGUGUUAUGUUCCAGCUCUUUGACUGUGGCUGCAUUGUGUUUUUACUAAUAAAAGAAUAUUAAUGAUGUC